GAGCUAUUUUGUAUCCUACCAAAAAAGAACCCCAUCAUUGUGAGGAUAGGAUAAAGAAUUUGUGAGUGUUUUGGUGACGGUGGAAGUGAUCCACCUAUGCAGUUUCAAUAUGGAUGAUAUUCAGACAUCCUGUGAUGAAGAUAUUCGUCCUGAAAUCAGUUCAGUGCAGCAGAAGAGAUCAGACUCACCAGAGUGCAGCUGUGUGUCUGUGAAGAGUGACGCGUCUAUGGAUCAACCAAUACGAUUAAGUUCUAAAAAGAAACCAUCAGACUCACCAGAGCCCAGCUGUGUGUCUAUGAAGAGUGACGCGUCUAUGGAUCCUCCGAUACGAUUAAGUUCUAAAAGGAAACCAUCAGGCUCACCAGAGCCCAGCUGUGUGUCUAUGAAGAGUGACGCGUCUAUGGAUCAUCCAAUACGAUUAAGUUCUAAAAAGAAACCAUCAGACUCACCAGAGUCCAGCUGUGUGUCUAUGAAGAGUGACGCGUCUAUGGAUCAUCCAAUACGAUUAAGUUCUAAAAAGAAACCAUCAGACUCACCAGAGUCCAGCUGUGUGUCUAUGAAGAGUGACGAGUCUAUGGAUCAUCCAAUACGAUUAAGUUCUAAAAAGAAACCAUCAGACUCACCAGAGCCCAGCUGUGUGUCUAUGAAGAGUGACGCGUCUAUGGAUCAUCCAAUACGAUUAAGUUCUAAAAAGAAACCAUCAGACUCACCAGAGUCCAGCUGUGUGUCUAUGAAGAGUGACGCGUCUAUGGAUCAUCCAAUACGAUUAAGUUCUAAAAAGAAACCAUCAGACUCACCAGAGCCCAGCUGUGUGUCUAUGAAGAGUGACGCGUCUAUGGAUCAUCCAAUACGAUUAAGUUCUAAAAAGAAACCAUCAGACUCACCAGAGCCCAGCUGUGUGUCUAUGAAGAGUGACGCGUCUAUGGAUCCUCCGAUACGAUUAAGUUCUAAAAGGAAACCAUCAGACUCACCAGAGCCCAGCUGUGUGUCUAUGAAGAGUGACGCGUCUAUGGAUCCUCCGAUACGAUUAAGUUCUAAAAAGAAACCGUCAGACUCACCAGAGCCCAGCUGUGUGUCUAUGAGGAGUGACGCGUCUAUGGAUCCUCCGAUACGAUUAAGUUCUAAAAGGAAACCAUCAGACUCACCAGAGCCCAGCUGUGUGUCUAUGAAGAGUGACGCGUCUAUGGAUCCUCCGAUACGAUUAAGUUCUAAAAGGAAACCAUCAGACUCACCAGAGCCCAGCUGUGUGUCUAUGAAGAGUGACGCGUCUAUGGAUCCUCCGAUACAAUUAAGUUCUAAAAAGAAACCGUCAGACUCACCAGAGCCCAGCUGUGUGUCUAUGAAGAGUGACGCGUCUAUGGAUCCUCCGAUACAAUUAAGUUCUAAAAAGAAACCGUCAGACUCACCAGAGCCCAGCUGUGUGUCUAUGAAGAGUGACGAGUCUAUGGAUCAUCCAAUACGAUUAAGUUCUAAAAAGAAACCAUCAGACUCACCAGAGUCCAGCUGUGUGUCUAUGAAGAGUGACGAGUCUAUGGAUCAUCCAAUACGAUUAAGUUCUAAAAAGAAACCAUCAGACUCACCAGAGUCCAGCUGUGUGUCUAUGAAGAGUGACGCGUCUAUGGAUCAUCCAAUACGAUUAAGUUCUAAAAAGAAACCAUCAGACUCACCAGAGUCCAGCUGUGUGUCUAUGAAGAGUGACGCGUCUAUGGAUCAUCCAAUACGAUUAAGUUCUAAAAAGAAACCAUCAGACUCACCAGAGCCCAGCUGUGUGUCUAUGAAGAGUGACGAGUCUAUGGAUCAUCCAAUACGAUUAAGUUCUAAAAAGAAACCAUCAGACUCACCAGAGUCCAGCUGUGUGUCUAUGAAGAGUGACGCGUCUAUGGAUCAUCCAAUACGAUUAAGUUCUAAAAAGAAACCAUCAGACUCACCAGAGCCCAGCUGUGUGUCUAUGAAGAGUGACGCGUCUAUGGAUCAUCCAAUACGAUUAAGUUCUAAAAAGAAACCAUCAGACUCACCAGAGUCCAGCUGUGUGUCUAUGAAGAGUGACGUGUACUGGAUGAUCCAAUGUAUGGAUCAUCCAGUACAUUUUCCGAGUGGAGAUACACAGACUGAUCUCAGCCAUGAAGUCCUCAACAGGUUUAGAUCAAAUCUGAAGAAGAAGUUUGAGUGUCUGUAUGAGGGAACAGCACAGCAGGGAAACCCAACACUCCUGAAUGAGAUCUACACAGAGCUCUACAUCACAGAGAGUGAGAGUGGAGAGAUCAGUAAUGAGCAUGAGGUGAGACAGAUUGAGACACAAUCCAGGAGAGCAGCAACAGAGGACACACCGAUCCAAUGCAAUGACAUCUUUAGACCUUUACCUGGACAAGACAAACCCAUCAGAACUGUGCUGACAAAGGGAGUCGCUGGCAUUGGAAAAACAGUCUCUGUGCAGAAGUUCAUCCUGGACUGGGCUGAAGGGAAAGAGAAUCAGGACGUCCAGCUCAUAUUUCCACUUCCUUUCAGAGAGCUCAAUUUGAUGAAGGACAAAACACUCAGUCUUUCAGAUCUUCUUCAUGUCUUUUUCCCUGAAACAAAAGAAAUGGAAAUAUCCAGUGACAAAUAUAAAGUAUUGUUCAUCUUUGAUGGUCUGGAUGAGUGUCGUCUUCCCUUACGUUUUAAAAGGAAUGAAGAGAACAAAAAGAAAUCAGUGGACGUGCUGCUGAUGAACCUCCUUGUGGGGAAUCUGCUUCCCUCUGCUCUCAUCUGGAUCACCUCCAGACCAGCAGCAGCUGAUCUCGUCCCCUCUGAGUGUGUCCAUCGAGUGACAGAGGUACGAGGCUUCAAUGAGCCACAGAAGGAGGAAUACUUCAGGAAGAGAAUCAGUGAUCAGAGUCUGGCCAAUACAAUCAUCUCACACCUGAAGUCAUCAAGGAGCCUCGACAUCAUGUGCCACAUCCCAGUGUUCUGCUGGAUCUCAGCCGCUGUUCUAGAGAAGAUGUUGAGCGAAGCAGAGAGUGGAGAGAUUCCCAAGACUCUCACUCAAAUGUACACACACUUCCUGAUCCUUCAGACCAACAUCAAACAUGAGAAGGACUAUGAGAAGAACGUGACAGAUGAAGACAUGAUCCUCAAACUGGGGAAAGUGGCUUUUCAGCAGCUUGUGAAAGGCAAUGUGAUCUUCUAUGAGGAAGACCUGAGAGAGUGUGGCAUUGAUGUGACAGAAGCAUCAGUGUACUCAGGAUUGUGCACUCAGAUCUUCAGAGAGGAGUUUGGCUGGUAUCAGGGGAAAGUCUUCUGCUUUGUUCAUCUGAGCGUUCAGGAAUAUCUAGCGGCUCUAUAUGUGCAUCUGUCCUGUACAAACAACAACAGAAAUGUGUUUGACCAAAUCACCAAACAGAGUUUGUGGUCUAAAGUUAAGGAGAGGUUUAAACUUGUUUCAUUAUCUGAGCUGCAUCAGAGAGCUGUGAAUGAGGCUCUAAAGUGUAAAAAUGGACAUCUGGACCUUUUCCUGAGGUUUCUUUUGGGUCUGUCAGUGGAGUCUCAUCAGAUUCUCCUACAAGGACUAAUGAAACAGAGAAGAAGCAGAUCUGACAGUAAUGAGAAAACAGUUGAGUACAUCAAGAAGAAGAUCAGCACCAUUGACUCUCCAGAGAAAUCCAUCAAUCUUUUCCACUGUCUGAAUGAACUGGGUGAUCAUUCACUAGUGGAGGAAAUACAACAGUAUCUGAAAUCUGGGAGAAUAAGUAAAGCCAAACUCUCUUCAUCUCAGUGGUCAGCUGUAGUUUUUGUGUUGUUGACAUCAGAGAAGGAGCUGGAUGAGUUUGAUAUUAAUACAUUUGUUGGAGGAAACGAUAAAUCUAAAAAACUGAAGGUUUUUCAGAAGCUGCUGCCUGUGAUUAAAGAAUCCAGAUCAGUUCAGUUGAGAGAUUGUGGAGUCACAGAUGAAGGUUGUGCUGCUCUGACUUCAGCUCUGAGAUCAAACCCCUCACACCUGAGACAACUGAGUCUGUCUGAGAAUAAAAUAGGAAAUUCAGUGAAUCUGCUGUCUGAUGUACUACAGGAUCCUCACUGUAAACUGGAGAAACUGUGGUUGUAUGAUUGUGGAGUCACAGAUGAAGGUUGUGCUGCUCUGACUUCAGCUCUGAGAUCAAAUCCCUCACACCUGAGAGAACUGGAUCUGUCUGGGAAUAAAAUAGGAAAAUCAGUCAAUCUGCUGUCUGAUGUACUACAGGAUCCUCACUGUAAACUGGAGAUACUGUGGUUGAUGUAUUGUGGAGUCACAGAUGAAGGUUGUGCUGCUCUGGCUUCAGCUCUGAGAUCAAACCCCUCACACCUGAGAGAACUGAGUCUGUCUGUGAAUAAAAUAGGAAAUUCAGGACGUAAACUGCUCACUGAUCUAAAGAAUUCUCCACAUUAUAAACUAGAGACACUGCAGUUUUGAGGAAAUUCCCAUUUCCAUUAAAAUAUCCGUCUCCACACACUCUCCUCACGGACACUCUCUUCUUUCUCCACUGUAACUUGAGAAAUUCACCACAGUGUUUAUAAACUCCUCUGAUCUGAAUCACGCAGCAGAAACCACAGGGUCCUGAAGCAGAGAGCUCAGAGAGCUGACAGAGAGACACCGUUUGUGUUUCUUGUUAUACAAACUGAAUACAGACUGAUAGAUUAAUAAUGAUAGCUUUUUAAAAACAUAAACAUUAAUGACUGUACAGUAUGUGAGUUAUACACUAACACUGUUAACUUGUAUAUAUGUAUAUAUUAAAUACUGUAUAACUGUAAAAUAAAUAACUCCUUACUGUACUGAACUUGUAAACAGCAUGUUGCUGUAAAUCUGCAAAGCAUCAUGGUUACAUUUUAAUGGUGGGUAAAUUCUACAGUAAAUAUAUUUUUUACUGUGAAUCACAAUAAAGAAAUUUUGAGCAGGACUUUUUUCAGCAGCAGAAACUGAGGAGAUUCCACAAUUUCUUUAGGAUUUGACUUCAACAAGGUAACUUUGCUCAUAUUUUGCAAUGUUAGGUUAAUUUACCAAGGUUUCCUCAUGUAAAUUUACCUGUGUUUGGAGUGCGCCAGGAGAGAGAUGCAGAGAGCAGCACUAGUAAGCCAUAUCAUUACAAACAUAACUAUUUGCUCAUAUAAAUUGCAUAGAUUUUAUUUUUUUUAAUCUAUCAAUAUUUGAUAAUGUCAUCAGUUUGGUGGAGUAACAUUGCUGGAUAAAAGUAAACUGGAACUGUAUCCA